AUGUCUGAUAAGCCACUGAAUCCCGGGGUUGGUCGUCGCAAGAAAGUCCUCGUUGUAGGCGCCGGUGCUGCUGGCAUGUCCUGCGCCCACCACCUGAGCCAGAGCCCGGACAAGUACGACAUCACCCUCAUCGACGCGGUCGACUACUGCGGCGGCCAGGCGUUUGCGGUGCCCCUGGACAAAGAGCGGCACGGGGCCAGCUGGUUCAACCAAGGCGUCCAGGGAGGUAGCUACAUCUUCCACCACACACUCACCAUGUUCGCUCGACAAGGAUACCACGCCGAUCCGGUCAAUCUACAAGUGUCGUUUGGUCGAGACAAGACGUUCUGGACCAACGUCUUCCCGACCGAAUCGACAGCACGCCACCAGAAGGAAGUCAAGCGGCUCGCGUUCGCGCUCAGGUUCAUGCGCUGGUUCGAGGUCCUGUUCGCCCUCAUCCCCAUGAAGGUCUUCUUCAAGCUCUGGAUGUUCUCGGAGGAAUUCACAAACGUCGUGGCUCUGCCCAUGGUCGCACUCUUUCUGGGCACGGGGAACUAUGCGCCCGAGGUCCCGACCAUGAUGCUCGAACGCCUCUGCACGAGUCCUACGUACGGCAUGUGGUAUCCGUUCGACGACAAGAGCAUAGUGUCCAACAUGCCGCCAAUGGUCGUGUUCCCCAACUUCUCCGAGUUUUACGAGACGUGGCGCAAAGACCUUGUCGGUCGCGGCGUCAGCGUUCGUCUCUCGACAGAGCUCGUCGCGGUGCUGAAACGCGACAGCAAAUCCGGUGUCCUCGUCUCGCUAAAGAAGCGCACCCCCGCUCCCGACCAUCACAACCCGGCCGGUGGCGACGCCGAAACGCCGACAUUUGAAGAGCACUACGACGAACUCGUCCUCUGCUGCCUCGCCGACACGGCCAAGCGCGUCUUGGACCGGACCUCGUCGUGGGGGGAGCGCAAGGUUCUAGGGUCUGCCAAGUUCUCCGACGACAUCACCAUCACGCACACGGACGCGGACUACAUGAAGAAGCAUUAUCAGAACUUCUACGACGAGUCCCUGGCAGCCAAGAGUCUAUCUGGCGCGGACCAAAGCGCGCGCUGUGACGCCGCGCGCGAGAACUUCCGGCCCAUGUACUAUAUCAAAAUGUACGACAGGGACCAGUCGAAGCUGGAAAUGUGCUUCGACACGACAAACUACCAGGCGCAGUUCCCGCAGAACGUCCCAUUCGAGGACCACGUGUUCCAGACCAUCUAUCUGAACAAAGACCGCGACGGGCACCUCUGGACAGACGCCGAGAUCGACGAGGCCAAGAUCAUCCGCAAGGACUGGUGGCACCAGCUGUGCCACAGCUACACGCACUACCUGUUCGUCGUGCCGUGGAUGAUGUUCCUGCAAGGCAAGAGGCACGUGAGGUACGCGAGCAGCUGGACCAUGGUCAACGCCCACGAGGUCGCAAUCAUGGCCGGCAUCGCCGCCGCCGUGGACCUGGGCGCCGAGUACCCUGAAGAUCUGGAGAAUGACAAGUUUGCGUUUUUGUCCUUCAGGCUGUACUACCUGCUGAUCUACGGCAAGUGGUACAGACGCAGACACUCGAAGAAGGGCGACGUGCAGAGUCAGAAGGGACGUGAGGGCCAGGGCUGGGCCAGCGGGUUGUACGGGAGCGUGUACAAGGGCCCUGGAAUCGUGAAGGAAGAACGCACGACGUGGAGAGAGGAGAUGAAGAUGGGGAGAAGCACGGGGAAUUUGGCGGACGAGGUCAAUAAGGAUAGAAGCCAACCGUGA